UAUUGGCUGCUGGUUUUCUCUGCGCGUUUGCGGCCGGAGCGCGUUUUUUCCCCAUUUUAAAAUCAGAUUAAUUUUUUUAAAAUUAAAGUUGAGGCCGCUCUCGGGUGAAUUAUCGCCGGGUUCAGUUGCGUGACGAUGAGGGUGAAAGUGGUGGAGGCGGACGCCGAGUUCCAGCCCGAGCUGACGAACGCCGGCUGCAGGUUAGCGGUCGUGAAGUUCACUAUGAAAGGGUGUGGACCUUGUGUGCGAAUUGCUCCAGCUUUCAAUGCAUUGAGUUCCAAAUACCCACAUGCUGUUUUUCUGGAAGUUGAUGUGCAUCAGUGUCAGCAAACCGCAACAGCCAAUAACAUCACAGCAACACCAUCUUUUUUGUUCUUCCGAAAUAAAGUGAAAAUCGACCAGCUUCAUGGAGCAGACGCUAAUGGAUUAGAAGAAAAAAUUAAGCAGCAUCUAGAAAAUGAUCCUGGAAUUGAAGAUUUGGACAUUCCAAGAGGAUAUAUGGAUCUGAUGCCAUUUAUAAAUAAGGCUGGCUGUGAAUGUCUAAAUGAAAGUGAUGAAUAUGGAUUUGAUAAUUGUCUACAGAAAGACACAACUUAUUUGGAAUCUGAUUGUGAUGAACAACUUCUUGUGACAAUAGCAUUUAACCAGCCAGUCAAACUUUAUUCAAUGAGGCUUCAGGCUCCUGAGAACGGCCGUGGACCCAAGUUUGUAAAAAUAUUCACCAAUCUGCCACGUUCAUUUGAUUUUGAUGAUGCGGAAAGAAGUGAACCAACUCAAACUCUGGAGUUAACGCCAGAUGAUGUUAAAGAAGAUGGAGUUGUCCCACUGCGUUACGUCAAAUUUCAGAAUAUUAAUAGUGUAACACUUUUUAUCAAAUCCAACCAAGGUGAUGAGGACACCACAAGAAUUAACUAUCUUGCAUUUAUUGGAACCCCUGUGCAAACCACAAAUAUGUUGGACUUCAGGCGGAUUGCUGGAAAGAAAGGAGAAAGCCACUAACUGAUUGAAGGACAAAACAGGGUAUACAUCGAUAGGACAACGCUCAGCCAAUAUUGUACUUUCAGGAUCUUUACAAUAUCAUCAACACCAUGACUCUCGAUUUGGUUCUCUUGUUUCCAGAUAUGAAAGCAAAUCAUUCGGUUCAAAUAUUUUGUGGAUUAUUCUUGAAUGUAAUAAACUGGUUUAAUUAUUUUUGGCAAAUGGGAAAAUCAACCUGAAGGUCUCAUUGGAUUGCACCUGGAAGUUAGAGUUGUCCACUUAGUCUUGCUGUAACUAGCCAGCCUAAACGUGGUGAUUCUUCUCAAAUCUUCACAUGGAUUCCGGUGGGUGAGCAGGUAGCUGUUCCUCUGAAUUUAUGAAGUAAUAAAGUGAUUGCAUUUGCUGUCUGUUGACUCCAAUGCUAACAGUGUUGAAUAAUUAAAAUAAUGUUUACCUAAUAGUGACAACUGUGAUUUUUCUUUAAAGUCAACAGCAGAUACAAUUAAAGAAGGAUUUGGAUAUGGCUUAAUUCACCAGAUUAUUAACUUUUUACACUAGGUCUAGUUCAAAUUUGAUCUGGCUAGCCUUAAACAACUUCUGUCCUUCAAUCUUAUGAAAAUGUCAAGUGCCUCUUUGCCUUGCGAUUUCUUCAGAAAGAUAUUAGAGCAUGUGACUUUGUCAGUGAGGUUGAAUGAGUCUAAUUAUAAUUUGCAUUGGCCCACUUGUAAUUCAGUGGGAAAGCCUGGAAUCAGACCUCGCCUCCCACCCCGACCACCUGGAUUUAAGUUUCACUGCAUACUCCUGAUCAUAUCUAAUUCUCCAGUUUUGUAUGGCAAAAGUACUGUGUUGUCGAGCGUGCUGUGGAUAUUGAAGCUCUGUCUGCUUCUGUCUCAGGAGAGACAGAGAGGAGCUUGGGGAUUAGGCCCAGCAUCUUGUCCAAUAUUUAACCUGCAAUCAGCCUCACUGAUGAUAGGACCUUUGUCAAAUUGCUGUACAUGGGAGCCUGGGUGUUCAAAUUCACUAAACUGCAACAGUAAGUUUUAGAGCUGUUAUUUAAAGCAAAGGGAAAAUACUGGAUUUCAUUUGUAUGUUAAUUGGACUUUAACAGCAAGAAUUAAUGAAAAUUUGUAACAGCAAGAAAAAAACUUUUUUUUGACUAUGCUUUCCAUGUUGUGAAGAGCAAUCUACCUUCUUUUGUGAAUGCUGACUGCACCAGAAGGUUCAGUGCUGUCCUAAAACUUCAGCGCUCGAAAGUCACCUUAAACAAGGCUCCUGUGUAGUUCUAAGCAUCUAAUAUCUUUAACCUGUCCCAAUGGAAGUGAAAUUGACAUUCUGCUGCUCUGUGGAACAUGUAAAACAAAAUGAUUAUUAUAAAAUUAAAUUCUUACAACUAAGAUUCAAAGAUAUACCAGGCAUUUUUCAAUUAUUGAACAGUUAAUCCACAAGUUAGUGCUUGUUGGAUGAUUGUUUUGUUUUAGCAGAAUUCAUCUCAUAACCUGGGAUUUUGCCAUAGUUGGGGUGCAGUUGGAGUCAAAGAAAUUUUACCUGGAAGCUCUUGUCAGAGAGUAUAAUCAAAUGUUUAAAUUAUGGCAACACACAAAAUGCUGGUGGAAUGCAGCAGGCCAGGCAGCAUCUGUAGGAAGAAGUACAGUCGACUUUUCGGGCCAAGACCCUUUUGGGAUGUCAGUGAGACCUGAUGAAGGGUCUCGGCCUGAAAUGUCGACUGUACUUCUUCCUUUAGAUGCUGCCUGGCCUAUGUGUGUUGCUUGAAUUUCCAGCAUCUGCAGAUUUCCUUGUGUUUGCGUGUUUAAAUUAUGGGUCACUUUGGUUCCUGUGAUGAUGCAACGGACAGUAGAAGUUGUGGAGAGGUCAAUGAUAAACCCUUGGAACACACGCUAAAUGCUGGGGGAUCUUAGCAGACCUACUGAAUUCCUCCAGCAUUUUGUGUGUGUUGCUUUGGAUUUCUAGCAUCUGCAGAUUUUCUCAUGUUAAUAAGCCCCUGGAGGGCUUUGAACACGAGGUGAUUGUUAAAUAAGGAUUAGAUUUAUUUGUCUCUUACAUCAAAACAUAAAUUGCAAUGCUUCGUUUUACAUCAGCAACCAACACAGUGUGAGGAUGUUUUGGGGAACAAUCCACAUGUGUUGCCAUGCUUCUGGCAACGUAGAAUGCCCACACCUUACCAACUCUAACCUAUAUGUCUUUGGAACGGUGGCGAAAACCAGGGUACCCAGAGGUAACUCGAGGUAAUAGGGCGAGUGUAUAAAUUCCUUAUAGACAGCGGUGGGAGUUGAACCCUGAUUACUGGCACUGUUGCAGUGUUAUACUAACAGCUAUGCUACUGUGCCGCGCUGUAUAUGCGGUAGUAUAGCAAUUAGCAUAAUGCUAUUAUGGCCUCGGCAAAUGCAGUUAAAAUCUGCCACUAUCUCAGAGAAAUUUCUACAUUUUCCCCGUGACCAUGCAGUUUUCCUCUGGGUGUUCCAGUUUCCUCUCAUAUUCCAAAGAUGUGCAGGUUAAUGGAGUAAUUGGUCAUAUGGGUGUAAUUGGGUGGCAGGAGUUAAUUGAGGGGUUAAUUUGGGGUUACUAUGCUGUUACUCUACAUUAUUAGAGGAAGUAAAAUAAUUAAGGGUGAAGUGUUUUCCAUUAGACUAUUUGAAAUAUUGUUCGUGUAUUAAUGUUUAACAAUGCAUGUAAAAUGGCAAUUUACUUGCAAUUAGAUUUUUUUUUCACUUGUCAGCCUGAGUAUCAACAUUUCAAAUGUACUUCAUGUACCAUAAAGUACUUGAGGGCAUUAAAGUCUUGAAAG